UGGAAAAAAUAAAUACAAGAAAUAUUAUUCUAAAAGUAGCUAUGAAUAACGAUUUAGUUUCGAAGACCGAAGGAACUAUGGAAGUUAAUCAAGAAGCUGGUCCGUCAUCAAGCACCAGUAGCAGUGAAAAAAAGCCAAAAAUAGAAGUAUUGAAAUGGAAUGGUAUCGCGUUAUGGUCUUGGGACAUAGUUGUAGACAAUUGUGCCAUCUGCCGUAAUCACAUCAUGGAGUUAUGUAUUGAAUGUCAAGCCAAUCAAUCAUCACAUGAUGAUAAUAGUGAAAAAUGUAUUGUUGCAUGGGGUAUAUGCAAUCAUACUUAUCAUUUACACUGCAUAUCUCGUUGGUUAGAAACUCGUCAAGUAUGUCCACUUGAUAAUAAAGAAUGGACCUUCCAGAAAUAUGGUAAUUAA